AUGAAACGAAAUUCACCAUUUGUGUCUACACCACCAACUUUGGAUUCGUCUUCUUCUGACAUCUUAUCACCCACUAAUAGACAAUACUUUUCCAAAAGGUGCAAGAUAGAACACGAACUAUUUUCAACAUCCAUAAAGGACAUUGAGAAAAUGUUUAAUGGAGAACUGCAUUUCUGCUGCGAAAGAAGAAACAGCAGAUACUCUACAACCGCUUCAACACCACCCCCACAACAACAACAACAACUGCAGCAGCAAAGUGCGAGUCAAUAUAACUCUACAUCUCCCAUAAAAGCACCCGCGUUGCAACCACGGUUGAUACAAAAUAGACCUUUGAAAUUCCCUAAACCUAAAUCAUAUUCCCAAACCAAACAAUAUCAAGCAAAUAUCUCGAAACAUACAAAUAUUCCGCCGCGGCAAGUCUAUGUUAAUAAAGAAACAAUAGUGGAACCUCACAAUACGACAAAAAAUGGGAUUUGCGAGCAUUCUUUUCAGUACUUGGAUUAUCCAAGCUUACCCGUGGAAUACCUGUUUUUAAAUUACGAUUGCAUCAAUGUGUCACUCUUGGAAGAAGAAGAAGAAGAAGAAGGGGACCAAGUAGAAUGCGGCAAGAACGAUCCACUGCACCAAGUGGACGCAGAGCUUUUUUUUCCUUCGCAGUGUCUCGAUCAUAAAGUUCUCCAACUUCAACUUCAACUUCAACUUCAACUUCAACUUCAACAGCCCAUAAAUUGUGACUCACUCCAUCGAAAUACCAGUACUCAUAGUCCAACAGAUUUUUUUUUUGAUGUUAGCCAUAGAAAACAUGGAGUCAACGAUAAAGAGCAUAGAGAAUACAAUGGUAGCAAUAAUGUUGAUGUUGAUAAUGAUUAUUAUGACGACUAUGACGACUAUGACGAUGACGAUGACGAUGACGAUGACGAUAACUACGACGCUAAUGUUGAAUGUACAUAUAGGUAUGGACAAAGUAUCCAUGAAGAUCUACUAAUGAUUGAUCAACUAAUAAUGAGGAACUAA